AUGACAGACAAAAUGCACCUCGACCUCACAUCAGAAGAUGCUGCUAUGAGACUGGAGUUGAUAGCAAAGGUCCAAGGGAUAGAAAAAGCAGAGCGGUAUUUCUAUAGGCUGCCGCAACAACUCAAGGGGAUCGAUACUUAUGGAGCACUUCUAAGCUCUUACGGUCAUGUUCAAGCUGUGGAGAAACGAGACGAAAUAGACCGAGGCCAUGACCUGUCGAGCCUCAGUUACAAAGAGAAAUUUGAUGCUCUCGUCAAGGAAAUCGAUGAUAGGGGCAUCUCCUUGGAUGCAAUGACUUAUAGCAUACUAAUAUCUUCAUAUGGUGCUUUUCUUGAUGUGAAUGGAAUGGAGAAAGUCCUGAUAAGGAUGGAAUCCGAUCCAGAUGUCAAUCCAGGCUGGGGUAUUUACAACAAAGCGUCAACCAUUUACAGGAAAUCUGGGAUGAAGGAGAAAGGAAUUGAAAUGCUGGAGAAAGCCGAGGGGCUCAUAACAAAGAACAAGGAUAUGAAAGCUUAUUAUUGCCUCAUCACCAACUAUGCUGCCAUGGGGGAGAAAUCUAGAGUCUUGGGGGUUUGGGAACUUCUCAAAAAGAAUGGCAAGGUUCUCAAUAAGGGAUAUAUGAAUGUGAUAAGUUCUCUACUGAAAUUGCAAGAUUUUGAGACUGCGGAGAAGAUAUUUGAUGAGUGGGAAUCCCGGAAUUUGUCUUAUGAUGUCCGUAUUCCCAACAUUUUGAUUCGUGCUUACUCGACAAGUGCUCUCCUGGAAAAGGCAGAGACAAUGGUCGACAGGGUAAUAAAGAAAGUCGGCGAGCCCCAUGCACAUUCUUGGCUUAACCUGGCAAUAGGUUACCUCAAUCAUGGUCAAACUGAGAAAGCCAUGGAAACCUUCUGUGAAUGGUUCUAA